AUGGUCGGAAACGCUGAACACAGGCCAGCAACACUUGAACUUAAGGUGGUUGGGAAGCAAGCAAAUGGAAUUUUCGAUAAUGUCACUGACACCCUCAUGGCUCUCUUGACUGAAGCUGAAAUAACCCGUUUUCAUGAAUCAGGAUACCUAAUAGUAUUGGAUGCGCUUUCAAGCAACCAUCUGAAAGCUCUUCAAAAAGAAUGUGACGCCCUUUUUAAUGAUCUCGAGGAAGAUGUUGUUGAGGAUCUAGGAUGCAUUGUGGAACCGGUACAUAAUCUGGAGCACGCUGCACGGACGAUGUACGACGUAUAUCAGCGCAGACGGAGUCUGGUAACCGAAGCUUCCGGACCUGCUGCUUCGAUCAUCUCAAGCUCGGUGGCACCGUAUGCACGGUUGUUGCUACCUCCCACCCAAGACUUGUGCUUGUUUAAUGAGCAGUACAUUAUUAAACCUCCGCAUGCUGGACCUCAGUCAGCCUUCCAAUGGCAUCAGGAUUCCCAGUUUAUGUCAGAUGUAAGUCGGUCGGUUCCAACCAUCGCAUGCUGGAUUGCGUUAGAUGACGUUUCGGAGCAUAAUGGCACCGUGAAAGUCGAGCCGUACUGCCCAGUCGUACCGCCUUCCGAUACAGCCAAGCAGAAAGAGGACGACCUUCAAACGUACAAUUAUCUGCAUACUGGGAAAGCAGCGCGAUAUCUGGCGCACUCUAACCCGUCUGCUAUCACAAUCAAUAUGCGAGCAGGCUCGAUCCUGUUCAUGUCAGGAUAUGUGCGUCACUGUAGUACGCCCAACCGCACAGGACGCUUUAGGCGCGUAUAUAUGCCACAAUUUUCUGCUGGUCCGGUAAAAGCAGAUGAUGGGCAAACCUUAGUCGCUUUGGCUGUGCCCUUGCCGUCAUGAUCUUCCAGAAGAUUAUCGAUAUUUGUAUGUACAUUUGUAUUUAAAAGGUAUUCAAUUGCACUCUAGUCACAUUCGUCGCUAAAUCUGACAUUUGAGCGCGACAAACUUCGAAUAUAUACAAAUAGUGGCUGCGUCCCUAUCAGCUA